AAUAAAAAAAUAAAAGUUUCAAAGGAAUCUAAUGUAAGCUUGAAGUAUAGAUGACACUGCAAUCUAGAAUAAAUUUUCAUACUUCUCAGCUUCUUUAGCUGAAUCCCUCCGUGCCUUCAACUCUUCUGCAAGGCACUGUUUUACCGGGUGGAGUAAGUGCUAGUCUGAGUCCAGAUGGGCCCAGGUGCUCCCCCGCUUUGCCCCAGCUUGCUCAGACCUGAAGAAUUCAUGACAUACUUCAUGAAUUUAAUCUUAAAAUUCAUUCAGAUUUAUGUAAUCUUCAUUCAUUUACUCAUCUCUGCUUCUUUCUUCCUUGCUAAUUAAUCCUUCUGAAGCAUGCUGUAUUAGCUUGGAUGCUUAUGGGAGUGAGGUUUUGGUUUUGGUUAUUCAUACCUGCAUUUGCAAUGCACUCACUCUCUGCUCUGUUGAUUUGCUCCCUAGGCUUAUGCCACUGUUCAAAACGCUAAUUGAAUGGCUACUUUACUGGAUUCCUCCAUGCCCCGAUUACCCUGUAUUGCUCUGUUCUUCAUGGCUUCCUUGCAGCUUUCAUAUCAUAGAGAAUAUUCUCUAUAGUUAAUUUUCUAUGAUUUUUGAAGAAAGCUACAAUGUGAGCUAUCCCUGAUAACCAUCCGAGACAUCUCUAGUGUAAAGGUGGCAGACCUGUAAAGGUUUUGAACUGUGCUGUUUUGCCUCUGUUACUAGCUUUUGUGAUCUAAGCUUUUGCCAUCCUUUAGUGUGCUACAUUAGUUAGUGUGUUUAGCUGAGGAAAAUAACUUGGCAGGAUAAAGCAGUGAGUUCUGCUUCCUCUUUUCUGUGUGUGCAAAAGAGGAGAUAGAGUUGAUGAAUUUCUAGAGUAUCUGCAUAACUAUCAGAAGCAGAAAUGAAAUUAGAAAUGCAGAAUUAUUCAAACGGUCUUGCUUUGGUGAAUGUUCUGUGCUGAAGAUAGGUUUAUUUCAACCUAAACUUACAAUUAUGUAAAUAUUACGGAAGUAAAUGUAUUUAGAGUCUGGACUGGUAAAAGUUUCUUUUCAUUAUGCUCUUAAUACCUGCAUGGGAGGGAAAUUUCAUUAAUUCUUAGAAUUGUAUAGCCUACAUGAGAAAACCCUGUUCUUUCUACUUCCUGAGGCAGAAAUUAUUAAGGAAAUAGCAUUUCAUGUGAGAUUCCCCAGCUGGAAGAUUAUGUAUGUUUGAAACUCUGCUUUGAGGAAGCUAACCAAGCAUGCAGAGGACUUCUGCCGGUUCUUCACUCGGAGAUUAAUUUCAUGCACAAAAGGUAUUCCAGCAUCACUUUUUGAAGACAGAAUUUGAACUCUCAAUUGGAUUCUUUUGAGGGCUGGACUCAUCACCGAGACGUAUUGAAUAGAGAACAAGGAUAUGCUUCUGUGUAAAAAACCCAUAUAAACCUGGAAAACAUAAUGGGACCCCUCACAAAUAGCUAUGUCUUUGCUUGUAUCUUUACAUUCACGCUAUGUAAUAAUAUCCAUCCAACUGUGGAAAAUGAAUUUAUUGCAAAUUAUUCAAGCAGUUUGCUAACUAAUGUUCCAGAAAACAUUCCAGUCCAUACUCAUAUAUUAGAUUUGUCACAUAACAGGAUCUCUGGACUUGGUAUCUCAGAUUUUAUUUCUCUUUCUGAUCUUCAGGUAUUAAAUCUUUCUUAUAAUCUAGUUACAGAGCUUAACUUCAGUGUCUUCAUUUUUAAUGAAGAUUUGGAAUACUUAGAUUUAUCUCAUAAUAGCAUUUUGAAAGUUUACUGUCAAACUCUUGUGUAUCUUAAACAUUUAGAUCUUUCUUUCAAUAAGUUUACUGCCCUGCCCAUCUGCCAGGAAUUCGGGAACAUGGUUUGUUUGGAGUAUCUAGGAUUAAGUGCCACAAUGAUACAAAGGUCAGACUUCAGGUAUAUAACACAUUUGCAGCAGCACACUGUCUUUUUAACAUUAGAAGACUUUUCCCUGUAUGAGCCUCAGAGUCUGACAGCCGUGAACACAAGGAGCCUCCACAUUGUGUUUGCAGCAAACCAAAACUUCAGUUUUCCCCUAUUGUAUGAUGGAAUGAGCACUUCAGAAAACUUAAAAAUAGUUAAUUUAAGAUACACCUUGAGCUAUAAAGAUUUCCCCUCACCUUCUUUAGCACUUCUGAAGGAAAUCAAGACAACAGCUCUCAUGCUUGACACUGUGGAUUUACAGUGGACUAUAAUUUUGCAGAUUUUCCUGCUUAUUUGGUAUUCACCUGUGGAGCUUUUGACUGUGAGGAAUUUGACUUUUCGGGGACCACUGGGGGAGCUGACUGAAUAUGACUUUCUACCCUUAUUAAGCUCUAUGGAGCAAUUAAUCUCUUUGGGUGGCUCCAUGAAAGUACUAACUUUGGAGCAUGUUCGUAAUAAGGUUUAUUAUUUCAACCAGGAGAUACUGUACAGAGGGUUUUCAGAGAUGAAUCUUGCCGGUUUAACAAUAUAUGAUGCAUAUAUGCCACACAUGCUUUGCCCCAACAGAACAAGCUCAUUUCAGUAUUUAAAUUUUUCUCGCAAUGCCCUGACGGAUGAGCUGUUCCAGAAUUGUGGCACUCUGACAGAUCUGAAAUUACUUAUUUUGCAGAGGAAUAAAUUUGAGAGCCUUCCCAAGGUUAGCUUAAUGACCAGCCGUAUGAAAUCACUGAAGUACCUGGACGUGAGCAGCAACUUGCUGCGUCACGAGGGAGCUGAUGUGCAAUGCCAAUGGGCUGAGUCUCUGACAGAGCUGGACCUGUCCUCAAAUCAGUUGGUGGAUGCUGUGUUUGAGUGCUUGCCAGUCAACAUCCAAAAUCUCAACCUCCAAAACAAUCAGAUCAGCAGUGUCCCCAGGGGAGUGGCCGAGCUGAAAGCCUUGAAAGAGCUGAACUUGGCAUCGAACCGUCUGGCUGACCUGCCAGGGUGCGGCGGCUUUACGUCCCUGGAGUUCCUGAACGUAGAGAUGAAUUCGAUCCUCACCCCCUCUGCCGACUUCUUCCAGAGCUGCCCAAGGGUCAGGGAGCUCCAAGCCGGAAAGAACCCGUUCAAGUGCUCGUGUGAACUGCGAGACUUUAUCCGUGGGGAGAGGCAGUCCGGGGGGAGGCUGUUCGGCUGGCCGGCGGCGUACAUGUGCGAGUACCCGGAGGACUUGCGAGGGACGCAGCUGAAGGACUUCCACCUGAGCGAGCUGGCUUGCAACACGGUGCUGCUCCUUGUGACAGCUCUGAUGCUGACGCUGGUGCUGGUGGCUGUCGUGGCCUUUCUGUGCAUCUACCUGGACGUGCCGUGGUACGUGCGGAUGACAUGGCAGUGGACGCAGACAAAGCGGAGAGCUUGGUACAACCACCCUGCAGAGCAGGAGGCUGUUCUGCAGUUUCAUGCCUUCGUUUCAUACAGCGAGCGUGACGUGUUGUGGGUGAAGGACGAGCUGAUCCCGAACCUGGAGAAGGGCGAGGGCUGCGUACAACUGUGCCAGCACGAGAGAAACUUCAUCCCCGGCAAGAGCAUUGUGGAGAACAUCAUUAACUGCAUUGAGAAGAGCUACAAGUCGAUCUUUGUGCUGUCUCCCAACUUUGUGCAGAGCGAGUGGUGCCACUAUGAGCUGUACUUUGCCCAUCACAAGUUGUUCAGCGAGAAUUCCAACAGCUUAAUCCUCAUUUUACUGGAGCCGAUCCCUCCCUACAUUAUCCCUGCCAGGUAUCACAAGCUGAAGGCUCUGAUGGCAAAGCGAACCUACCUGGAGUGGCCGAAGGAGAGGAGCAAGCGUGCCCUUUUCUGGGCUAACCUGAGGGCAGCUAUUAACAUUAACCUGCCAAUAUCUGUUGGAGCAGAUGAGGAGCAGAGUGAUGUUACUUCUACCAGUAGUGUAAAUCAGUAUGCGAUUAACUGACUUGACUGUCUUGCAUUUAAUUGUGUUAGUGAGUUUUUUGUAGUCUUUUACAGUAUCCCCAGUUAGUAGCAAAAUGUAAUUGUGAUAAAUACAGCAAUUGCUAUUGCUUAUUCCUGGUUAAGGGUUGAAAGUCAGAGCCAUUAAUCCUUAUUUAACGUUAUUCUCCCUUCAUUGCACUAAUCAUUCCCACUUACCUAGAUUUACCUAUCCAGUCAUGAUUUCAUAGAAGCAACUAUUCUUAGUCUUCAAAAUAAUAAUAUCUGAAUUUAUGAAAUUUUUAUAGUAUGUUACUGCUGCUUUUUGCCAUGAUCAUAUCAAGCUAUACGGGGAGCUCAUUUUUCCUGUUUUCUAAAAGAUAGAAGCUUGAUGUUUGGAGAUGAAUCCCCUUUUACUUUCAAUGAACUCUGUUGCUUUGCCCUUCCAGUCAUCAUCCAUGUGAGAGAAAGCAGUUUUCAUUGGUAAGUAACUUCUCUGCUAAAAUCAAUCUGAUUAAACUAAUGGUAUUUGUUGAUAGGCAACAUCUAAUAAUUGUGUGUGGGUUUAAUUUGACAAUCUAAUAAACCUCUCA